AUGCCACCCAUACUCGUACUCGUGCUUGCUACUCUCGCUAUCUUCUGCGCAUUGGCCUCUCCGGCCUCACCUGCGCUCGCUCACCGCUCUGCCGCCGACCGCGCCUGCGAGUUCCGCCUCGCUCCGCAGACCGGAGGCGUCCUCGCCUCGGCCGUAGGUGCCGUUCCCGCCUCGGCAUCGGUUCCGCCGCCGCUAUCGAGCUCAGCCUCUCCGGCCGAGCCUGCCGGCAUGAUUAUCGCCCCGCCGCCAUGUGCUGCAUCGUCGUCGUGUCCUGGCGCACCGUUCCUCGCAGACGAUGCCGUCUCGGCCGGCGCCCUCUUUGCUCCGGCCUCGGGCUGGUCCGUUGAACUGUGGCUCCGCCCAGCUUCCACCGACGGCUCCACCGACGCGGUCUUUGUCGACGCAUGCGCGCCAAUCCCCGAUGGUGCCGUCGACAACUCGUGCGCCGUCCGAUCCCAAGCCCAUCGCGCCCUCGAGCUCCGCCAGAUCGGCUCGGCCGUCUCGUUCUCGGUCGUUGACCGCGCCUCGACUCUCAACUCGCAGACCUGCAUCACAUGCACCUCGCCGCCUGGUGCUCUCGUCGCUGGUUCUCUCACUCACGUACUCGCCUCGGUCCCGCACCCGGCCUCGGCUCUAGGUGCUGCCCUCGAGCUUUACAUCAACGGGUCGGCCGUCGACUGUUCGGCAGCUACCCUCGUCGGCGGCAACUACGACAUCGCCUGGGCUACCUACCGUGACAACCGUGCCUUUGCUCUCGGCGCCCGUCGCGACGGCCUCUACUUUUGGUCGGGUACCCUCUACCUGCUCGCCAUCUACACCCGGCCGCUCACAGCGAGUCAGCGCGCCGCGAACAUCGCCGCCGGCCCAUACAACGUCCUGCCCGUCCCACUCGACGUUUCAGUCUCGGUUGUGGAAGAGUCGGCCAUCGCCAUUGAGCUCGCCGUGUGGGACAUGUACGAGCCGAGCGCAGGUGCCCACACCGGACGUGUUCUCUCACUCCCUGCCUACGGCACGCUGUACAACACCAGCGACCCAAGUGCGGCGAGCUUGGCCCUCGCCACCGCCCUCACGCCCAGCAUGCUGCCUGUGCGCCUUUCCGCCCUCACCGUCGUCUACCUCCCGUACGUCGAUGUCGGCGGCGAACUCGACAGCUUUACUUUUGCCGUCGCCGACGCUGAUGCGCUCUCGCCGGGCUUUGCCACUGCCCAUAUAGUUGUUGUCAACGUCAACGACCCGCCUGCUGGACGGUUCAACGCCUCACUCGCGCCUGCCGCUACCCGCACCGUCGCUAUCGGCUCUACGCUGCCGCUCGGCGCCGACGGCAUUUCCGACGUUGACGCGCCCACUCUCCGCGCUGAGCUCUGGUCAUCGUCGGGCCUACUUACGCUCUCACCCGCAAGCCGAUCUUUGCCGUUGACCUUUGUGGCCGGCGAUGGUGUCGCUGACUCGGCCAUGGUCAUCGAAGCUGCCCCCGCGCUCAUUGCCGACGCCCUCGCCUCGUUUGACUACUCGCCGUACCUCUCGCCAGCAUCCGGCGACACCGUCGACGUUCUCCACCUCGCGCUGGAUGAUGCUGCCGGUGGCCGCACCACCGACAGCCUCAGCAUCAUCCUGCGCGCGCCGGCGUACCGCGCCGCAGUGCUGCAGGCGUCAGCGCCCGACACGCUCACCCGCGGCGCCGACUCGGGCCCACUCACACUCGCCCUCGAGCGCACGCUCAUUUGCGGUGAGACGCUCACACUCACGCCGCAUGUGGUCUCGGGAGCCGCGCUGGUCUUUCAUGGCGCGCCGUACGUGCUAUCGGCAAGCACGCCGCUCGCCUCUCAGCUAUUCUUUAGCGUCUCGGCGCCGGCUGAUGCGGCGCUCGGCCAGGUCACCAUCGCCUUUACCGCUUCGGGGGCCAGUGCAUCGCUCUACGACAUCACGCCCUCUGCCCCGCGCACCUUUCUCACCACCAUCGUCGAUUCCAAGUCAGUAACUGGGCUCGUCGGCGCCGCUCUUCCGGCCUUUGUCCAGACCGGCACGGUCCUCCCAAUCGCUCUCGCUCUUUCCGCGCUACCAUCGCCCGGCGCCACGCUUCAGCUCCAGCUCGCGAUGCACCCGACCUCGGCCGGAAGCUUUGACUUUGCUCCGGCGCUGCUCGAGUUUAACUCGUCGUCACCGACGACAUCGUCCGUUUUUGUCGCGACAGCAUCUGCACUCGGCCCUGUCGUGCUUCAGGUCACGCUCGCCGGCUCGGCCCGCCUCGAGUACAUUGAUGCCGUCUCGGGCCUUGCUAUCACUCUACCCACCGUUGUGGCAGCCUGCCCGUCGCCAAGUGACGUGCUCGAUUGCGAAGGGCGGUGCGACGCGAGCGGCCGCGGGUGUGUGGCCUCGCCGCCACCAUCGCCGCCGCCGCCGAGCACCGCCAAUCCGCCGCCGCCGCCGCCAGAGCCGGCCGCGCUGGCGGCUGCCUCGUCGUCGUCAGGCGAUGCCCUCUCGCUCGACUCGCUGGGAGGCAUUCUUCUUCUCUCACUGCUCGGCCUCUGCGCACUCCUUCUCUGCCUUCUCGUCGUCUUGCUCGUCUGGUUUAUCCGCCGCGAGCGCGGCAAAGCUGGCGGCGGGGCGACGAGCGCAGCACCGGGUCGGCCACUGGCCAGUGAGCGGGUAGUGACCACUACUACCCACGAGGUUGUCGAGAUGAUCGGCUCGUCGUCGUCAGCGUCAGCGACAACCGCCACCGCCGACUCGACCGCCACCGCCGACACAGCCGCGUCGACGUCAGCGCUCGCGUCGAGCGACGCCACCUCACGCCUCGACUCGGACUCUCACUCCAGCACCGACUCGGGGACGCUGUUGGUCCUUGGUGGCGACAAACGGUGGACUCGCCAGUUUGAGCGAAAGUGGCGCCACACGGUCGAGGCGCCGCGGGCCGACACCCCAGCGCGCGAGCAUGCCGAGCUCGACGACGUCGGGCUCGAUGUGGGGCGCUCUCCGGCCUCCCACUCCCGUCGGCCGACAUGA